GUCGUAAACAGCAGAUAUCCGGUUCUUCCGGGCUCUAGGGGAGCUGACGGAGAAGGCCACCGCCCAGCAGAAGACGCGUCUCCGCCGGUGUGUCGCGGUUCCCGCGGUGUGUGAGUGAGCCCGGGCCCGGUCCCCUCUUCUGCCGCCGCCAUGGGCUGCACGUUGAGCGCCGAGGACAAGGCGGCGGUGGAGCGGAGCAAGAUGAUCGACCGCAACUUGCGGGAGGACGGGGAGAAAGCGGCCAAAGAAGUGAAGCUGCUGCUGCUCGGUGCUGGAGAAUCUGGUAAAAGUACCAUUGUGAAACAGAUGAAAAUCAUUCAUGAGGACGGCUAUUCAGAGGACGAAUGUAAACAGUAUAAAGUAGUUGUCUACAGCAAUACUAUUCAGUCCAUCAUUGCAAUCAUAAGAGCCAUGGGACGGCUGAAGAUUGACUUUGGGGAAGCUGCCAGAGCAGAUGAUGCUCGACAGUUAUUUGUUUUAGCUGGCAGUGCUGAAGAAGGAGUCAUGACUUCAGAACUAGCAGGCGUGAUUAAACGUUUAUGGCGAGAUGGCGGGGUGCAAGCAUGUUUCAGUAGGUCCAGGGAGUAUCAGCUCAAUGAUUCUGCUUCAUAUUACCUAAAUGAUUUGGAUAGAAUAUCCCAGACCAACUACAUUCCAACUCAGCAAGAUGUUCUUCGGACCCGAGUGAAGACUACAGGCAUUGUGGAGACCCACUUCACCUUCAAGGAACUCUACUUCAAGAUGUUUGAUGUAGGUGGCCAAAGAUCCGAACGAAAAAAGUGGAUUCACUGUUUUGAGGGAGUGACAGCAAUAAUCUUUUGUGUGGCUCUCAGUGAUUACGACCUUGUUCUGGCCGAGGAUGAGGAAAUGAACCGAAUGCAUGAAAGCAUGAAAUUGUUUGACAGCAUUUGUAACAACAAGUGGUUUACAGACACUUCAAUCAUUCUCUUUCUUAAUAAGAAAGACCUUUUUGAGGAAAAAAUAAAGAGGAGUCCAUUAACAAUCUGUUAUCCCGAAUACACAGGUUCCAAUACAUAUGAAGAGGCAGCUGCUUACAUUCAAUGCCAGUUUGAAGAUCUGAACCGAAGAAAAGAUACCAAGGAGGUCUACACUCACUUCACCUGUGCCACAGACACCAAAAAUGUGCAGUUUGUUUUUGAUGCUGUUACAGAUGUCAUCAUUAAAAACAACUUAAAGGAAUGUGGGCUUUACUGAGAGGAUGGCAUAGUAAAAGCUACUACAGGGAGGAGUGUUGAGACCAGACAUCAUCUACUGUCUCUUGGGUCAGCUACAAGCAUGACAGGACCAAGGAAUGGCAGCAGCAUGCAGAUUCUUAGCACUCUUUAGCACAGUCUUCUGUAUUAGGGAAUGUUUAAUUGGCAUGAGAUGUUGAAGUCAGACAUGGAAUUGGACAACUAUAAAGGAUGACUGGGUCAUCAGGGCGUCACUUGGACUCUGUAAUCUAAUGUGUAGGGCAUAUUGAAGUCAGGUGCUGCAUUCCAGAACUUAAACAUGUAGCUUACUCUCCCCGUCUUUUUUAACAAAUCACCAGUAGUUAAUGUCUAAGAUUUUUCUCAUCAAGAGAAGAAUACUUAAAAACUCUUACUUGUUUGCAAAAGAAUCUUCUGAGGACUCAGUCUUAACUAUGCACACAAUGUAACCAGACAUUUUGAAAAUAUUCCUCUUAGUAGGAACUUUGUUUUUAACUCUUGGAAUGGUCAGGAGUAAUAUUUCCAUAAUUAUAAUUUUUCCUGGUUAUUGGGACUAUAUUAGUAGAGCUUUUUGGAAUGAAAUCUAUGUUACUGUCAUGUUUAAAGUACCACGAUGGUUUCUAAACAGCAUUCACUUUGGAGAGUUCUACAUUAAGAUUCCAGCUCUCAUUUCUUUACUUUUACAGUUGGAAGUUAACCUUGUUUGUGCUGAUUACCAAAUUACUAGGUGAAUACUGAUGAAAAUGACAAACUGCUUUUUGGAUACAGACACACACAGGAUAGUUGUCAAUUAGAGAUGCAGACUGCUAAAUUGAGAACCAAUGACUUGCUGCUACAGAUUACUAAAUGACCACAUUGAUUCUUGCCUGUUUGUCUCAGUCAUGGGGAGGUUUUGUAUAAGGUGCCCCUUGUUUUCCAUCUUUGUGGCCUUUUUUGUUAGGAGACAUCUGAAAGUGUAUUUACAGUGCAUGCUUUUCCUUUGUAAAUGUGGUGCCAAAUCCCUGUUCGCCAUCAUUUUUACUGUAGCAAUGUUAACUGUAGUAGUCGUCCUUACUAUGUUCUUUUCUAAAACUUGCAUUUUGGGACUUUUUCCACUUUGUCAUAUGUACAGAUUUUAAUCUGUUACAGUUGGCAGCAGUAUUAAAAUGGUGAGUAAAGAGUCUAGGAUUGCUCCUGUUUGUAACUAGUCCUUUCUGGAAAUCCUGUCUUCUGUUUCUUUUUGCCCCUGCUGAGUGUUGAUUGACUUUUGUCUGAGAGUGGGUUUAGGUAGAAAAGUGUCUUUGAAAGCCUAGUUCCUUGAUAUAAUAGUAUUAUCACCUCUAGGGCUGAGGGCUUUAUGUCCAGUCUGUGUGGAAGUGAUACAGGUCAGAAUCUAGCUUCCGAUAUGUACAGUUUGCUUGUGCUGAGAGCCACAGUCCUUUUGUACAAUCUAUGUCAAAUGUCAUUAAACACUGAGUGGACCACUGAGGGACGGCAAACAGAAUGCGUUUUGAGCAUUUCAGAUCAGUAGUUUGAUCAGUGCCUUUUGAGGUCCAGUCUUUCUGGAUUGGAUCCGUUCAUCUUUUGAUGUUACCUCCUACACAUUUGAAAGAAGGUUGGUGGUCAGAACUGCUUUGGAAAGCAAGCCACAGUGAUCAGUGCCUUUGUUGGCAGCUUUUACAAUUUUUAAUUCUUACAUGUUUUGCAAAAUCAUUAUUAUGCAGACAGUAUAACUGUUAUCUUACAAAUAUUUCCUUAGGGCUAAGAAAAUGUCACUUGAAAGAAAGAAAAGUAUUGAUUUCAAUCAGCGAUUGACUCAAUUCCCACAAUGUAGAGGUUAAUAAGUCUUACUCUGAAUUUAUCUUUCCUUUGUUGUAUUCUGUAAUAUAAGAACAUCUGGGAAUGCAAACUUAGUGAAAUAUUGUUUUCAUAAUUUUUCUAUACUUUGGGUUUAAUAAAAUGGUGUUGAUAAUCUAAAAUAAUAGAUAAUCCAAAUUUAAUUUUACUUCAGAAUGCAUUUUGUAUUUUCAUUUGAAUCUGUCUAUUUUUAAAACCUUUCUGUUAAUUAAAAAUAGAAAUUCUUCACUUCCUUGCCUCUACACACCA